GGUGUCGCUGUUUCCUUUCCAACCCGUACCGCAGCUGAUGAUUCGUGGCUGUCGUGUUUUGGUCUCUGCUAACGCCGGAGUCUGAAGAUGACAGCGAGAAAGUCUGGGUCACGACUCGAGACCGAGAUAGAACGGUGCCGUUCGGAAGGGCAAUGGGACAAGAUACCAGAGCUUGUACGGCAGCUGUCUGCUAAACUAAUAUCAAACGAUGACCUGGGGGAGCUGCUGCUGGGGGAGGCCAAGCUCCAGCAGUACAUCAAGGAGAACCCCAUCAAGCAGGGGGCCAGCCCCAGGGGCCCAAGACCCAGGCUAGUGGAGGUCCACAAACACCUGACCGCUGCCCUGGACCGAGGGAACCUCAAGCCGGACUACAUGCAAGAGGCCAGCAUGUUAAUGGCCAAGCUGUCCUACGUGGAGGGAGACUACAGUGAAGCCAUCAACCAGUAUGGCAAAGUGACCCUGGACGAGCUGGCGCUGGUGGGAGCCCCUGUCUACCGUCUCUCCAUGAUCGCCGAGGCAUACGCUACCAAAGGUCUGUGUCUAGAGAAAGUCCCGGCUGCGUCUCCGUCCCUGUCCAAUCGUAACGUGGACAAAGACCAAGAAGUGAUUACCUGCUAUGAGAAGUCUGGAGACAUCGCCCUGCUCUACCUACAGGAAGUAGAGAAGGCCCUCAGUGCGGGGAUGCAGAACCGCAGUCCAAAGCCAGGCCCAGUGGCACAGGAACAGGAGCUGGGAUACUUCCUGGAGACUGGACUUCAGAGGGCACAUGUCAUCCACUUCAAAAACGGUAACCUGACCCGAGGAGUGGGCCGCUUCCGGGAGAUCCUCCGAGCUGUAGAGACCAGGACCACACAGAACUUACGAAUGACCAUAGCGCGACAGCUAGCAGAAAUCCUGCUGAGGGGGAUGUGUGAGCAGAGCUACUGGAGUCCUCUGGAGGACCCUCCCAGCCAGUCCCCCCUGGAUGACCCCCUACUACGCCAGGGAGCCCCCUACACCAAGGACUACGCACUCAGCCGCAGGCCACGUGUCUACUCCGGAGAGAAUCUAUUUUGUCCACAGGAAAACACAGAAGAGGCUCUGCUCCUGUUGCUGAUCAGUGAAUCUAUGGCCAACAGAGAUGCGGUGCUGAGCAGGAUUCCAGAGCACAACAGCGACCGCAUCAUCAGCCUGCAGAGUGCCUCUGUGGUCUACGACCUACUGACCAUCGCCCUGGGCCGACGGGGACAGUACGAGAUGCUCUCUGAGUGUCUUGAGAGGGCCAUGAAGUUUGCCUUUGAGGAGUUCCAUCUCUGGUACCAGCUGGCCCUUUCACUGAUGGCUGCUGGGAAGUCGGCCCGAGCGGUAAAGGUACUGAAGGAGUGUAUCCGUCUGAAGCCCGACGACCCAACCAUUCCCCUGCUAGCCGUCAAGCUGUGCAUCGGAGCACUCCAUUGGCUGGAGGAAGGAGAGUGUUUUGCUAAGAUGGUGGUGGACAUGGGGGAGAAGGCCUCAGAGUUCCGAGCUAAAGGUUACCUAGCCAUCGGCCUGGUGUACAGCCUCAAGGCUACAGACGCGUCCCUACGGGGGAUGCAGGAGGAGUAUCAGAGGAAGGCCCUGGGUGCAUUCCAGAGAGCCCAAAGCUUGUCCCCCACAGACCACCUGGCUGCCUUCUACCUGGCCCUGCAGCUGGCUGUGUCACGGCAGAUCCCGGAGGCACUGGGGUACGUGCGUCAGGCUCUGCAGCUGCAGGGAGACGACGUGCACUCUCUCCACCUGCUGGCCCUGCUGCUGUCGGCCCAGAAACACUACCACGACGCUCUCAACAUCAUCGAGAUGGCGCUCAGCGAGUACCCAGAAAGCUUCAUCCUGUUGUUCACCAAGGUGAAGCUGGAGACGUUGUGUCGAGGACCUGAGGAGGCUCUGCUCACCUGCAAACACAUGCUGCAGAUCUGGAAGUCCUGUUACAACCUCACCAACCCCAGUGAUUCAGGUCGAGGCAGCAGCCUGUUGGACAGAGCCAUAGCAGACCGAAGGACGCUCAAUGCCAUGACGCUGCCUGACUUCAGUGAUCCAGAGACGGUCUCUGGCUCCUCCUCUCUCUCGGGGUCCGAGCCCGCCACCCCUUCUUCCCCUCUCUUUCACGCCGGCCCCUCCCACCUCCCUCCACCCAUCACACCCCCCAGGGCCGACCCCCCUCUGCACCCCCCGAAGCCGGCCGGCAGCCAUCAUGCUUUCUGUGACCACACCCCUCGACGAGAGUCCACCAAUAGCUCGGUCCAUGCCACAUCCAUGGCGGCGUCGCGGGUGGAACAGGCCCUGUCAGAGGUGGCCUCCUCCAUGCAGAGCAGUGCCCCCAAACAUGGACCCCUACACCCCUGGAUGACUCUGGCUCAGAUCUGGCUCCACGCAGCGGAGGUGUACAUUGGCAUGGGCAAGCCUGCGGAGGCGACGGCCUGCACCCAGGAGGCUGCCAACCUGUUCCCCAUGUCCCACAACGUGCUGUUUAUGCGGGGCCAGGUGGCUGAGCUGCGGGGCAACGUGGACGAGGCCAAACGCUGGUACGAGGAGGCCCUCUCCAUCAGCCCCACCCACGUCAAGACCAUGCAGAGACUGGGUCUGAUCCUGCACCAGCUGCAGCGGUACAGCCUGGCAGAGAAGAUCCUUCGGGAUGCGGUGCAGGUGAACUCGACGGCCCACGACGUGUGGAACAGCCUGGGGGAGGUGCUGCAGGCUCAGGGCAACGCUGCUGCCGCGACAGAGUGUUUCCUCACCGCCCUGGAGCUAGAGGCCUCCAGCCCCAUACUCCCCUUCACCAUCAUACCACGACAACUCUGACCUGGGAGAGAGAGGCGCACACACACACACACACACACACACACACACACACACACAAGCUGCUUUAUCCCCCCCAGUGUGAAGGUGCCAAAAACCUUCCUCAGAAGCGCCACCAUCAACCACCCUGUGAUGUCUCGGGCCCAUCUCUUUCAUCCCAAUGAGAUUAGACAACUACCUCUCUCCUCUUGAGGCCAUUCAUAGGCCUAGCUAGAUGAGCUGGAGGGAGGGACCAUGGACAAAAAAUCCAAACACUGAUUAUCUGGUCCAAUAAUAUACAUCAAUGUAACUGUUGUUGCCAUGCCAACACCAAUGUGCUGUCUCCGCCCCCUAGUCUCUGCUGUGACCACUGUAUCGUAUACCACAACCCCUUGCUGUGCCUGACUAUGACUCCUGCACUCCAGCCUUUAUCUAAUCUACACUGAGCAAAAAUAUAAACGCAACAUGUAAAGUGUUGGUCCCAUGUUUCAUGAACUGAAAGAUCCCAGAAAUUUUCCACAUGCACAAAAAGGUUAUUUCUCUCAAAUGUUGUGCAUAAAUUG